CCGCCGCCGCCGCGGCUGCCGCAGCCUCUGGGAGCCUGGAAAAGGGGAAGCGAGAGCGGACGAGCGACUCAGUCCCCGGGCGGCGGCUGCAGCGGCGGCGGCGGCGGCCGGGGCGGCGCGACGGCUGGGCCGGGGGCGCUUCUGCUGCUGCGGCGGCGGUGGCGGCGGGCGGCGGCAGGGGCGGCGGCGGCGGCGGCGGCCCGCACCAGCCAUGCCGAAUAAAAACAAGAAGGAGAAAGAACCACCAAAACCGGUGAAAAGUGGAAAAGGUUCAAAAGAAGGACAAGACACAGCAGAGUCAGAGAUAGCCAGCAGGAAAAACAGCCUCGUGGCUGUCCAGUCUUCGACAUCUGCUAAAAUAAAAGUCCCAGUCCCUCAGCCCGUCGUCGUCCCUGUUAAGAAAGACAAACGGCAGAAUUCUUCACGGUUUAAUGCCAGCAAUAACAGAGAACUACAAAAACUCCCGUCUUUAAAAGAUGUCCCUCCUGCGGAUCAAGAGAAGCUCUUCAUCCAGAAGCUUCGCCAGUGUUGUGUCCUCUUUGACUUUGUCUCUGACCCGCUGAGUGACCUGAAGUGGAAGGAGGUGAAGCGGGCGGCCCUGAGUGAGAUGGUAGAGUACAUCACCCACAACCGCAAUGUGAUCACAGAGCCCAUUUACCCAGAGGUCGUCCACAUGUUUGCAGUUAACAUGUUUCGAACCUUGCCACCCUCCUCCAAUCCCACGGGAGCAGAAUUUGACCCAGAAGAAGAUGAACCAACGUUAGAAGCAGCCUGGCCUCAUCUGCAGCUUGUUUAUGAAUUUUUCUUAAGAUUUUUAGAGUCUCCAGAUUUCCAGCCCAAUAUAGCAAAGAAAUAUAUUGAUCAGAAGUUUGUAUUACAGCUUCUAGAGCUCUUUGACAGCGAGGAUCCUCGGGAGAGAGAUUUUCUAAAAACUACCCUUCACAGAAUCUACGGGAAGUUCUUAGGUCUGCGCGCUUACAUCAGGAAACAGAUAAAUAAUAUAUUUUAUAGGUUUAUUUAUGAGACAGAGCAUCACAAUGGCAUAGCAGAAUUACUGGAAAUACUGGGAAGUAUAAUUAAUGGGUUUGCCUUACCACUGAAGGAAGAGCACAAGAUUUUCCUGUUGAAGGUGUUGCUGCCCUUGCACAAAGUGAAAUCCCUGAGUGUCUACCACCCCCAGCUGGCGUACUGUGUCGUGCAGUUUUUGGAGAAGGACAGCACCCUCACUGAACCAGUGGUAAUGGCACUUCUCAAAUACUGGCCAAAGACUCACAGUCCAAAAGAAGUGAUGUUCUUAAAUGAAUUAGAGGAGAUUUUAGAUGUAAUCGAACCAUCGGAAUUUGUGAAGAUCAUGGAGCCUCUUUUCCGACAGUUAGCCAAGUGUGUUUCCAGCCCUCACUUCCAGGUGGCAGAGCGGGCGCUGUAUUACUGGAACAAUGAAUACAUUAUGAGUUUAAUCAGUGACAACGCAGCGAAGAUUCUGCCCAUCAUGUUUCCAUCGUUGUACCGCAACUCAAAGACCCACUGGAACAAGACAAUACACGGCCUGAUAUACAAUGCCCUGAAGCUCUUCAUGGAGAUGAACCAAAAACUCUUCGAUGACUGUACCCAGCAGUUCAAAGCAGAGAAACUGAAAGAGAAGCUAAAAAUGAAAGAGCGAGAAGAAGCAUGGGUUAAAAUAGAAAAUCUAGCCAAAGCGAAUCCCCAGUAUGCAGUGUAUAGUCAAGCCAGCGCCAUGAGCAUUCCGGUGGCAAUGGAGACAGAUGGGCCUCAGUUUGAAGAUGUGCAGAUGCUGAGAAAGACACUGAGCGACGAGACUCGUCAGGCACAGAAGGACCCGAAGAAGGACCGUCCCCUUGUGCGCCGCAAGUCCGAGCUGCCUCAGGACCCCCACACGGAGAAAGCCUUGGAAGCUCACUGCAGAGCCAGUGAGCUGCUCUCCCAGGAUGGGCGCUAGCUCUGGAGCAGCACGUCCGUCAAGCUGGGCCUGUCAGUUCCCUUCCGGAUGCUGUAGGAAAGACAUACCGUUUGUGCCGUACACUAAAGUCAGCGCUCCCUCCCGCCCACUCUGUAGGCAGCAGUGUACAUCUGCCUCAGCUCCAGAUUAGGAGUUCAAACAAUGGUGGCCUCCCCGGCCCUGCUGGCCAAGCUCGGGCAGAUGACAGUGUUGUUGCUACCCCAGCACAGCCCCGAGUAAGACUGCGUCCCAAAGUCAGAGCUGUAGGGAAGCACCCUGGUUGUCUCCUUGUCCUGCCCAAGUGGACCCUGAGCCCCUCUCAGGUAGAUAGUUCUGUGGUAACACCAGGGCUUUUCAAGGCGAGGAAGCACUCUGGAAGGUUCCUCCUCCUCUAAGUCGUCACAACCUUUGCCAUCAUUUCCAUGUUUGCCGUGCCGACGUUGGUCAAACCUCUCAGCUCUUUGCUUUCACAUUCUAGCUGCCUGCUGGGAAAGCAGCCAACACCCUCAGCUCUGGAACCUCCCAAGGUGUUUCUUCCCUUUGAUUGCCGGCGUGAACACCAUAUCUUUCUUUUCCUGAACAUCUACCAAAAGCCAUAUUUCAUAGUCCGUAGUACAGGCCAGGGUUCCGCCCAAGCUCAGAAGAAAGCUCUGAGAAUCUGAGAAGUCCACCUUGACUGGAAGCACAAUGUUGCAAUUAUGUGUUCCUAUUUUUAUUUACAGGAUCAGUUUUUCAUCUACCUACACAUUAUCCUUCAACAAGGCUCUCGAAUCGAUAAAACUGUAGGUUCUAAGAAUUCCACAUCUGCAGAAUGUUACAAUGAAUUAAGCCACUGGGCCUAAUGCAGACUGUAGCUGCCUUUGGGCGCACUGCAGGCCGCCGCGCUGUUAGGGUGCCAUCAGUGAGCCUUUCUGUUGCAAAAAGCACACAUUACUGAGUUGAUAAGGAAAAGUGCAGUGUCUGUGUUUCCGCCCGUCUUCACAUGCUGCUACAGGCUUCACAGACUUCUUGCAUGGAUUAAGCUUCUGUUUUAGAUGGAAUAGCACAAGGAGAAAAAUCCUUAAACUUAGCGCUUUGUUCUUUAUUUUCUCAGGGUGGCCAGUACUUCGACUUAUUUAUCCUGCUUGAAAGUUCCUUGAGAUGUGUACUGUUAUUCUGAACGGUGACUAGUUUCUUUGUCUCCAGCAUACAUAUAACUUAGUGUUAAAUGUCUUGAUGCAUAAGAGGUAAAUGUGGCAUCUCUGAAAAUCUGUUUUUCCAUGGUGGUCUCAGGUAUCCAUGCACAAACGGUGAACCCAGACAUUGCUGUCACGGGGCUGCUCACGGUCUCCUCAGAUCGCUGGUGAUGCUUACUCCACAUAGCAUGGAGGAAGAGCAGGGCAGACUGUAGGAAAGGUGGGCAGGCUGGUGGCUUGGCUGAGAACUCUUCCUGAGAAACUUGACAAGUAUCUAUCCACUUUACCAUUAUGAAAUCUAUAAUUUAAAAAAAAAAAAAAGUUGAGAUGCCUUCUCCUUUUGAGGGAAAAAGGGUGCUUUUAUCAUAUAAAGCGGUGUCUGUGUGUUUUGAUACCCCAUUGUUUGAACUCUCGUCUUUAGCUGGUAGAGUCUCAGAUAACCCUGAUGUGGGGGUGUUCCAUGCAUGGUGAGAGGUGCCAGAAGACUCCUUUGCCCUGUAUGGAAAGCAAGCUAUCAGUGUCCGGGUGAUUGUGCGGAGCUCAGCACAGAAGAACAUUGCUGGUCUAGCUUUUACUCCUGCUCUUUAUUGAAGACAAACUGUACCAAUAAGGAAAGGAAAAAAAAUGUUUGAGAGAAACUAAUUUUCUUUGACAAAAGUAUUACUCAAUAUUUUGGCCUAUUAAAGUUUCCCUAGUUAGUACUCGGGUUCCUUGUGCUAAUUGUUCAACUUAUAUAUUAUUAUAGAGACACUGUCUAUUCUGUACCAAACUGGUUUCAAGGAAAGUACCACUUUGAAAAUAAACGGGUGACUGUUUUUCUUCAUAAGGCUCUAAGUUUGGCACCUUCACUCUUUCUAAAAUGUAUCUGUGUCACAGCUCCAAGUGUCUCUCUAGUGUAGCUUUGUAUGGCUUCCUUUGAACAUUGUACAUACAUUGUAUCUUUGUUUUAUGGUAAUAAGUAAUAAAAUGUAGACUUAGUAUUUUGUACAAAAUGCCCUAUGUACAGAUUAAAAAGUUCAUAGAAACAGCAAAGAUAGGUAAGUGGCACAGUUAUUUUUCUUUAGAAAGUAUCUGUAACUUUAUGUUUAGUGAAAUGUUAAAUACCAACAUAUUUUUUAACAUUUUGUAAUUCAAAACUUUUUUGUUUUGACAUUGUUUAUGAAGGAAAACUUCAUGCACUUGCCAUUUAAUAUGCUCUUUUAUCUCAUUUUAAAGAACUCUUUAAAAUGAUGUAUUAUAUGGACUAAAUAAAAAACAUGUGAAUUUUA